AUGUCUGAUAUCAAACCAAAUGAUCACCGUGCUUACAUGGAACUCGCACUCGACUUGGCAAGGAAAUCUCCUCCCAAGCCUACAAAUUACAGAGUAGGGGCAGUGGUGGUAGACCAAUCCACCAACGAGGUGUUGGCAAACGGAUACACCCUGGAGCUGGAAGGAAAUACACACGCAGAACAGUGCUGCUUGAUAAAGCUGGCAAAAGCUCACGGCGUGCCAGAAGAGGACCUUGCUCAAGUACUGCCCCAGAACCUGGCCCUCUACACCACCGUGGAGCCUUGCUCACAUCGCCUCAGCGGCAACAAACCUUGUGCUGAGAGAAUUCUACAUCUUGCUGGAGUCAUUAAGACCGUUUAUGUUGGUGUCAUGGAGCCAAAGGAAUUUGUGGCAGAAAACACAGGCCGAGAUGCUUUGGAGAAGGCAGGCAUUCAAUUCAUCCAUGUCGAGGGACUGGAAGACGAAAUACUCAGCGUUGCCAAAGCCGGGCAUGAGCCUUAG